AAUCUCUCUCCAUCUCUCUCCAUCUCUCCCAUCUCUCUCCCAUCGUCAUCAUCAACAAAUUAUCAUCACUUUCUUCUUCAAUUCACUAACCAAGAAUGACAAAAGUGCAUCCAAAUGCCAGAACCGUACUUUCUACAUCAACAAUUUCCAAAUCUCCUAAUGAAAAUUGCAAAUCGCUAACAGUUUGGAAGAAAUCUCUCUUACUAAACUGCGAUGGAUUCACUGUUUUCGAUUCCAAAGGAAAUCUAAUGUUCCGGGUCGAUAAAUACGGAUUUGCCGGUGAAAUCGUUCUCAUGGACGCUUCCGGCAAACCUCUUCUAACUCUCCGUCGCAAGAAAUUGAGCAUAACAGAGAAUUGGUUAAUAUAUGAUGGAGAAACAAAAUCGAAUCAUGUAUUAUCAAUGAAGAAACGUGUAAGUAUUCUAUCAAACAAAUCAUGUUUGGCUGAUGUGAUGAAGAAUGGAAAAUUAGUUUAUAAAAUAGAUGGAUCUUAUAUGAAGAGAUGUUGUUCAAUCUAUGAUUGUGAUAAGAAACGGUGUGUGGCUGAGAUUAAGAAGAAGGAGGUUGCUGUUGAUGGUGUGGCAAUUGGGUUUGAUGUUUUUAAUUUGGUGAUUUUAGAACAUGAUUUGAUUGAAUCUUCAGUUGCUAUGGCAUUUGUUAUAUUACUUGAUGAGAUGUUUGGAUCUUCGAAGAAGAUGACUGGUUCGAUUUGGUGAAAUU